AUGGCUUCCAGCUUUCAAUACCUCCUUCUUCUUCUUCUCUUGUUCUUCUUCAUUUCUCCUUCUUCUUCUGCUAAAUCCUCUUUCAGACCCAAGGCUUUUGUGCUUCCUGUUACUAAAGAUGCCUCCACUCUCCAAUAUGUUACCCAGAUUCGUCAGAGAACGCCACUCGUCCCCCUCAACCUUGUCCUUGAUCUGGGCGGCCAAUUCCUCUGGGUCGAUUGUGAUCAGAAAUACUCCUCCACCACCUACCACCCUGCACGCUGCAAAUCCGCCCUCUGCUCCCUCGCCGACGCCUCCAGUUGCGGCGAUUGCUUUUCGCCUCCCAGGCCCGGCUGCAAUAACAACACCUGCAGCGUAAUGCCGGACAACACCGUUACCGGCACCGCCACUUUCGGCGAUGUCGGCCAAGACGUUGUCUCCGUCCAGUCCACGAACGGAUUCCACCCGGGUCGAACCGUCGCCGCUUCCCGGUUCAUAUUCUCAUGUGCAUCGACUUUCUUAUUGGAUGGCCUCGCCACCGGAGUAUCCGGCAUGGCGGGUCUCGGUCGAACCAAAAUCGCUCUUCCUUCUCAAUUCGCUUCCGCUUUUAGCUUUCCCAGAAAAUUCGCCAUUUGCCUCGCCUCAAAUUCAAAAGGUGUUGUCUUCUUCGGCGACGGCCCUUAUGUUCUUCUUCCCGACGUCGACGCCGCUAAAUUUCUCACUCACACACCCCUAAUUCUCAACCCAGAAAGCACAGCUUCGGCUCACUCACAAGGACAGCCUUCGUCGGAGUAUUUCGUCGGAGUAAAAUCCAUCAAGAUCGACGACAAAGUUGUGCCCAAGAUCAACAAAAAAUUGCUGUCCAUAAACAAGGAAGGCUUUGGUGGGACUAAGAUAAGUACGGUGAACCCGUACACAGUCCUGGAGGCGUCGAUCUUCAAGGCGGUGACGCAGGCAUUUAUAAGAGCUAGGAACUACACCAGGGUGGGCGGUGUGGCUCCCUUCGAAGUUUGUUUCAGCAGCCACAACGUCGGAAGCACAAGGUUGGGUCCGGCGGUGCCGACCAUCGAGUUUGUGCUUCAGAAUAAUGUGAGUUGGUCCAUCUUCGGAGCGAACUCGGUGGUGCAGGUGAAGAACAAUGUGAUGUGUCUUGGUGUAGUGAACGGAGGUGACAAGCCGAGGACUUCGAUUGUGAUCGGAGGGUUUCAGUUGGAGAACCAUCUUCUUCAGUUCGAUUUGGCUUCUUCUAGAUUGGGGUUCAGCCCUUUGCUGUUUUGGAGGAGGACUACGUGUGCAAACUUCAAUUUCACCUCCGCCGCUUGA